UGGGCCUACGCCUCUUGAAACCAGAAGGGCUACGUCAUUGAGGCCUACUGAACACCUAGGCAUGGUAUGCUUUUUUCAGCCAGACAUUGACGUUACAGAACAGGUUAACAAACACACACUGAUGUCAAUGGGUCAGAUUAAUUUACAGGUUAGUCUUUAUUUUAGGAACGCCUGUAAGCUACACAAGAUCACAAGAAAAAGAAUGUUGUAUGGUUUGUUGGUGACGUCACGAAAAUGUGUCUCACAUGAACAUUGCAGGCGGAAGUGACAUUCGACAUUUUAAUGCGGAAGUUUUCACUUCACUAUUAUCCAACGAUUUCAGGAGAAACUUCAGGACAACAUAGCUCGAAUUGGAAUCGAAUGUCUCCGAGUAGAUUCGUUGGAUUAACUAUCUCAUAAAGUAGUGGUGUCGUUAUUUACCUUUAUAUUGUAAGUUUUCAUCACAAAUCAGCCCUCAUGGCUGCCAACAAUAACUUACAGAAAGCAAUAGAUCUCGCCAGCAAGGCAGCUCAGGAGGAUAAAGCCCAGAACUAUGAAGAGGCCUUGCGUCUGUACCAGCAUGCCGUUCAGUACUUCCUGCAUGUAGUCAAAUAUGAGGCUCAGGGGGAUAAGGCCAAACAGAGCAUCAGGGCAAAGUGUGCUGAAUACCUGGACCGUGCGGAAAAACUGAAGGAGUAUCUAAAAAAGAAAGAGGCCAAGCCGGCCAAGCCAGUCAAAGAGUCUCAUCAGUCUGAUGAAAAAGGGAAUGACAGUGAUGAGGGGGGUGAUGACCCUGAGAAGAAAAAGUUUCAGAACCAACUACAGGGUGCAAUUGUCAUGGAGAAACCCAACGUUAAGUGGAAUGAUGUGGCUGGAUUGGAAGGUGCCAAGGAGGCCCUCAAAGAGGCAGUCAUUCUGCCAAUCAAGUUCCCACACCUCUUCACAGGCAAAAGGACUCCUUGGAGGGGUAUUCUUCUUUUCGGGCCCCCUGGAACUGGAAAGUCCUACCUAGCCAAAGCUGUGGCCACAGAGGCCAACAACUCCACGUUCUUCUCCAUCUCCUCCUCAGAUCUGGUGUCCAAGUGGUUGGGGGAGAGUGAAAAGUUGGUGAAGAGCCUUUUCAGUAUGGCCAGGGAGCACAAGCCCUCCAUCAUCUUCAUCGAUGAGAUCGACUCGCUGUGUGGCUCCAGAAGUGAGAACGAAAGUGAGGCCGCCCGCAGGAUCAAGACAGAGUUUCUGGUUCAGAUGCAAGGAGUCGGGAACGACAACGAAGGAAUCCUUGUGCUGGGGGCAACCAACAUCCCUUGGACUCUAGACUCGGCCAUCAGAAGACGUUUUGAAAAGCGAAUUUACAUCCCUCUGCCUGAGGAGCACGCGCGCUCCUUCAUGUUUAAGCUGCACCUGGGCGCCACACCCAACAGCCUCAGCGACGGAGACUUUGUCGGCCUGGGCAAGAAGACGGACGGCUACUCCGGCGCCGACAUCAGCGUCAUCGUGCGCGACGCCCUCAUGCAGCCGGUGCGAAAGGUUCAGUCGGCCACACACUUCAAGCGGGUACGGGGACCCUCAAGGGACAAUCCCAACAUGCUUGUGGAUGAUCUCCUGACCCCAUGUUCACCCGGUGACCCUCAAGCGGUGGAGAUGACCUGGAUGGACGUGCCCGGGGAGAAGCUUCUGGAACCUAUAGUCUCUAUGCCUGAUAUGCUGAGGUCCCUGUCAAACACGAAACCCACAGUGAACGAGCAGGACCUGGAGAAGCUCAAGAAGUUCACAGAAGACUUUGGACAAGAGGGUUAAAAACAAGCUGUUUCUGCCAAAACCAAAGCAAAACGGAUCAGGAUUGUAAAGUCUUUUCGUACCUUGUUCUCUGUUCUCCCCAUGUCUCUCUCCCUCUCUUUCUCUGCCUCUCUCUCUUCCCCUCUCUCCUUCUCCCUCUCUAUGUCCAUCGCUGUCCUCCUACUUCCUCCUCCUCCUCGCUGUCACGAUCACUAUUCACCCAUUUGAUGAUCUGGAUCAGGGCCCUUUUCUAAAGAAGACCUGGUGGGGGAUGCGUUCUGUAGUAGGCCAUAUGGGAAUAAGACUAUACUAUGUAUAAUUGUAAUAGGCCCCCUUGAUAUUACUGCACGGCCCACAGGAGUUCAGUCUCUGCCCUGGUCCAUGCAGCUGCUAGUGUUCAGCCCAUUGUGCCUCUGCAGCGCCUCCCUCCUCUCUGGUGAAUGUGUUUUUUCGCUCUGGUUUCCUUCCUUUGCCAUCUUAAAGAAAACUAGGUUUGCCUUACGUGAGUGACAACAGAGUUGCCAUUUCCCCUGGUCAUCUGAAAAUCAUCAGCAGGUGUUUCACUUUAGCUCAUGGCCAUUCAUGCACCGCCAGGGCGCACACUGGAGAGCCGUUAGCAGACUUUGGUUGAGGGCUCAAUUCUCAGACCUGAACACAGGUCUGACCUUCUACUUCUAUUUGGAAUUCGUAAUCGGACUAUUGUUUUGUCUGGAAUGUUGUCCCAUAGGAUGUGUAUUUCCCCUUUUGUUUGUAAACCAAUUUUCAGAAAGAAAGACCUCAAGGCAGUGGGAGGAAAAAAUCCUACCCUUCAAAAUCUCUGAAACAAUACGUUUUGGACAGAUUACAUAUUCAUGUAAAGGCUCUCCAGUGUGCCCAUGAGGUGGGAAAUGCGAAAUCAGGAGGAGGAUGUACUCCCUUCAAGUCAACGUUUGUAGUGGGGAAUCUGGGAAUAGCAUCAUCUGGGGGUUCAAUGCUGCAAGCAAUGCAGAGUACCACUUCUCACUCACACAAAGAAUCCUGCAUUUGUUUCCUGGGGGAAGAGUGGCAUGUCGUUGUUGCAUAUCUGUUCAGGUAUAUCGUACUAUUUUUAUCCUCUGUAAAGAAAAAAAAAGAACCGAACUACCAUAACGAGUGCGAUAUGAGGCCUUUCUGAUUUGAAGACUACAGGGCUGAUGUUGAGUGUGUCGUGUCAGUGCUUUGGCUCAGGGCCUACACCAAACAUCUUCUAUUAGACUAAGAUGACCCAAACUCCGCCCACCCAAGGCAAAGGAGUGUGCUCAAGUUUGGUCUCCUAAGGGGCCGUACUCCUCUCCUUCUUGUCUUUCUGUUUUGUUUGGUGACUGCUUGCAUGAGAUGUGCGUUACCGCCAUCUUCAGUGCCAAGGGAACUCCAUUCAAUCUCCACUGUAAGACCCCCAAGGUCUCCUAACCGAAGGUCUCCGAAAGGGGUGUUCACCUGACAUCACAUGGAUCCAGGACAUGCACUUGAAGUAUCUUACUCUACUAGAAGAUGUUUGGCCUGAACCAUCCUGGGUCAUUUAAGGAGCGCAGUGUGACUGGCCACUCAUUAAGAUGUCUGUGGGCCGGUCAAUGGCUACUACAGCACACAAUGUGCCUUCUACAAAUCUGUUUCCUGUAUGUUUUUAUUGUUUACUUUUUGUUUAUUUGUGUCUUUUUCUGUGAUUUUAAACAUGGACACCUGCCUACAUAAUGUGCAGUGUAGUAGACAUAGAUGUAUAUGGAACAGUUCAGAGAGGUAUUUGCACAUUUCAUGUAAACCAUUUACUCUACAAACAAUUGUAUACACCUGUACUCCUAUGCACUCGGGGUGUUUGGGUUUUCCAGAGAAGUUCAGCUUUAUUAAAUAGUAGAACUCCAGGUGGAUAUGGGUUGGUCUUUUAUAAAGGAAUCAAUAUACUAUUUGAGUAUAAUAAGAAUAUGAAUUUAUGUAUUAUUAUUUAAUAAUUAAAGAUCAUCCACAUCAAAACUUUAAGGACUUGUUUGUUAUGCAUAACCAUGUAAAUAAAAAAUAUAAGCCUGAAA